UUGUCCAACUCCAAAGUCCAAGCUGCAUGCAUCGGCGUUUUCCGAUGGUGGCGGCGUGGCGCUCAGGGAGACUCCUGGUGGCGCUUGUAGUAUUGGACAUUUUGUUCACUUAUAUACAUAUAUACAUGUAUGUUAUGUGCAGUUUCUAACUUUAUCCGCUAUUGCUCACUAAGAGGGCGUUCGAGUCCCUUAUAUAAAUUAAUAACAUAGCGAAUACGUUUUCGUUCUUUCAAAAAGACAAAAAUUCUCCGCAUGGUCUGCAAAAAUGUUUAAAAAAAAUAUAUAAAAUUUGAGUGACAAAAAGAAUGACGUUAUCGGAAUAUACUUUGUCGAAUAUCUGUGUUCCUUGCGGUUUUGGAUUGGAUAUCCUACGCCACCGGCUUGUCCAUUUGGACCGCGCAAAAAGCACGUGGCUUGUUUUGUCAAAAUCUCUCGCAGUGUUUUACCUACGACGACACGCAGCAUAGUGAAAUUAUAAAACGAAUUUUAUUUAUGCAUAAAUAAAUAUGGAAGAGGUCAGAGAGGCUAUUGGUAUUGACAAAGUUGAUAUGAGUGGUAAUUUUAUAUUCAUCGAAGAACAGCAUAAUGCUGAUGCAAAUUUUGUUCUCCAUGCCAUCACUUCUCACUGUAGGGAUACAAACAAAAUUGUCUGCUUUGCUCUAUUUCACAACACCUUUGGACAUUUUCACAAUGUUGGAAUGAAGCUUGGUUAUAAUCUGAGAAAAGAACUCAAUUCUAGUGUCAGGAUUGUUGAGCCACUGAAAAUCAUAUCCAAGAAUAUUCAUCGUGAAAACAAAGCAUAUGCUGCUCCACAAGUUACAGAUAACAAACUACCAGAAUUCGAUAUUAAAAACAAAAGUAGUCAUCUGGUAAAACAACUGGCUCAAAUAAUCAAAGAUGAAUGCAUUUCGAUCAAAAAAGGCUUGAUUAAUCAAAAAGUGUACCUUAUAAUAGACGAUCUGAGUCACUUGUUUGAUUUCGGACUCAGUUUCCAAGAUAUUUGGUUAUUCAUAAGAUAUUUGAGAUCAUUUGUUAACUUUGAACCUCAUCUCACUUUUUGCAUUGCAAGUCAUGUUUACAAAGCUGCACAGGAAGUAUGCCAUCCUAACAUAACUGCAAUUUGUUUGCGUCACUUUGCUGAUCUGGUAAUAAAUGUACAGCCAUUAGAGACUGGCUUCUCUAAAAACGUUUCUGGAAAAAUGAUUGUUAAUUGGAAAUCGCAGCAACAAAGACUGAAAUUCAAGUGGUCAGAAGAGAUGAUUUAUUUGUUCAAACUGUUGGAUCGGCAAGUGAAACUCUUCGCUCCGGGUAGCUCCCACAUUAUGUAAAUAAUAUUUUAUAAUAAAAAUUGUAUGCUGUUAAAAGAAAAGAA